UACGCCGACGUCGACCCUCAUGGACUGAGAACCGGAAAACUUGAUAUACCAGAACAUAUGUGUAAGUUGGAUCCCAUCCAAGAUUCUCUGGCCGAACUACUUGGUAUGCAAUUGUUCUUCGAAGGUAUUCCUGCCAUUCUGCUGCCGGUUCCUUUCGGAUAUCUUGCAGAUCAGCUGGGAAGGAGAUGGGUCUUGGCGAGUGCAUUGACAGGUUCAGCCCUGUCGUAUUUGUGGAUUUUGUUCGUGGUCGGAGCAACAAAUUGGCCAACGCAGUGGGUGUGGUUAUCUCCAGCCUUCUAUCUUUGCGGAGGAGGACCAAUAGUCGUAUCAAAUCUCUUGACCACAAUUGUGGCUGAUGUCGUGCCAGCAGAGUCAAGGAGCACCGUAUUCUUCUAUCGCUUCUGCACCUACUUUGCUGCCAAUCUGGCAAUACCACCAGUCGCAUCUUUUCUCAUGUCCAGAAACAUCUGGAUACCACUCCUCGGCGGUCCAUUGUUCCAAGUCGUCAGUGUGAUCAUGGUCCUAGCCAUCCCGGAAUCCGCUCCUGCAUCAGUGACAAAAGAACACGAAAUGGAUGACCAAGACAUUUCCAACGAUCUAGUUGCCCAUGGCGAUGGUCUUGGCUCAUUCGCUCGAAGACGCUACAAGAUCUGGCUUCGAGAAGCGAAGAGUUCAAUAGGAUUUGUGCUCCACGACAAGGCAGUUGCUGCUUUCAUAUGGACUUUUCUGUUGUUCGAAGUCGGGCUACAGUCGAAGCAAGUCCUAUUUCAGUACGCUUCGAAGCGCUACGGAUGGACCCUAGCACAAGCCGCAUUGCUACCUUCGCUCCGCUCAGCCAUCACUCUAGUGCUAUUUACGGUGAUCUUGCCAGGAAUCACGAAGCUGGUAUCACCAUAUAUCUCCCGCCCAGCGAUGAAGGAUCUCCUCCUGUCCAAGGGAAGUAUUAUCCUCCUCAUGCUUGGAACUAUGGUCUUUUCGAUAUCAAGCACUUCAGCGCUGAUGAUCCUGGGUAAUGAUAUUCAUGUCUUGAGUAAAAUUCCGUCCACUUUGUAUGCUUACAAUCGCAGGUCUUAUCAUCUUCUCACUGGGAAGCGGAUUUGA